AAACAGGUCCAAACUCCCCCCAACUCAACAUUUAACAAGUAUCAAGAUUUAAGACAAAUCGAACUGCAAAAGGCGAAUAAAAAGAAAAAAAAGAAAAAAAGGAUACAAAACCUGCCGAUUUACAGCCAUGAGUACCAUGAAGUUUUGCCGUGAAUGCAAUAAUAUUUUAUAUCCGAAGGAAGACAAAGAGAGGAAGAUUCUGCUGUAUGCCUGCCGCAAUUGCGAUCAUCAGACUACAGAUAAUGCCCUUCGCUAUCUCUCAGGAGGUUCAAUUUGUCUUUUCUAAUUCACAAACUGCGAAAUUAUUAACUGCUUCUCGUUCAACUGCAGCAUCUCUAAUGGCUAUAUCGAUCGAUCAUCGAUCUGAGGUUGCUGAUAACAACUGUGUGUACAGAAAUGAAAUACACCAUUCGGUUGGGGAGCGAACACAAGUCUUGCAGGAUGUAGCUGCUGAUCCCACUCUGCCACGUACAAAGUCUGUUCAAUGUGCGAAUUGUGGCCAUGGGGAAGCUGUUUUCUUUCAGGCUACGGCUAGAGGAGAAGAAGGAAUGACUCUGUUUUUCGUGUGCUGCAACCCGAAUUGUGGGCAUCGCUGGAGAGAUUAAACAAAAACUGCAGUUGUUCGAAACAAAUUUGUAGACUUAAGUGAGCUCAUCAACAAGAAAACUAAUUGACUUCUUAAUUUCCCUUCCUGGGUAUUUCUAUUUGGAUAUUGUCGAGCAUUAAUGCCGAUAUGAGACGCAUGAAGCACUUUUGUUUAUCGUGUUAUCGAAUGUUUUCGGCAGAAAUCAGUUUGAUGCUCAAGUGCUUAUAUCUACUUAGAAUGUGAAGUUGUCUUUCUGUGGGGUAAAAGAAGUUGAGACCCUUUUUAAUCACUUAAAAUCACAAUUCAAUCAUCUGCUAAAGGUUUAGAUGGUUUGUCAAGAAUAAUAAACUUUGGUUUAGUUGGU